CUAUGCCUGUUGCACUCAUUUCCAAGACAAAUCAGUUGCAAUCAUCCUGAUAUCGAACCACUGUUGUCAGACUGAACCAAGAUGUCUAGUCCUUACGCCGUGAACACGAAGCCCUUCGCGGACAAAGUUAUUUGUGUGACUGGCGCCAGUAGAGGUACUGGGCUCGCAUUAUCGAAGUACCUUCUGGCUAGAGGAGCUACGGUGUCAAUGUGUGCGACGUCCGCUGAUAAUCUGGCCAAAGCUGCGAAAGAAAUUGAAGAAGAGUUUCCAGAGGCAAAGGAUAAAUACUGGACAUUUGUUGCGGAUAUCGCAAAUUUGGCCGCAGUCAAGGAAUGGAUCAAACAGACAGUUGCCAAAUUUGGUCCAUUGGAUGGUUGUGCGAACGUGGCAGCGGUAGAACAGCGCGAGAUCUUCCCAAUCACGGACCUUGAUCCUGGUUACUUCUCAAAACUUUUGAACGUCAAUGUAGUUGGUACUUUCAAUUGCCUGAAGGAGGAGAUGAAGGUCAUCAAAGACGGCGGGUCAAUAGUCAAUGUCGGCAGCAUCGCCAGCCAAUAUGCAUCGUUCGGAACGUCUGCGUACAUAGCGAGUAAGCAUGCUCUGCUCGGCUUGACGAAAGUUGCCGCAAUCGAAGCAGCUCCACGCCGGAUUCGUGUCAACGCUCUUUGUCCUGGCUGCAUUAAUACCGAAAUGAUGGAGAAACCGUUCAAUUCCGCCGUAGGAGAAUUCUACCUCACAAAGGAUAACAUUCCUUGCAUUCUAAAACGAGAUCUCGCGGAACCGUGGGAGAUUGCAGCCUCCAUUGCAUUUCUACUUGGCCCAGAGAGCAGUUACGUUACAAAAGCGACUUGGUUUCAUGACGGUGGAUGGGCCGAGGGUAACUAUAGCUCUGGUUAGUGGUCUUUGUCAUUCCAUCUUUCUAAACCUCGAGGCCAAUGGCUACGAGCACAUUAGUGGCUUCAAUGGCGUAUAUCAAUCACC